AGAACAACAACAAGCUCGCGUUAGAGCACACCGAAAACUAACUUUGUAUUGAAGGUGUCUCUGGCGGAAAUGGAACAAGAAAAGAAAAACAAAACUCCAGUAUACAAUAAAAACAAUAAUAAACAAAACGAAAAGUGUGCAAAAACCGUUGCCUGCAACACGAAAACAGCCAAUGAACCGUUGCGCCGCAGCCUGCGAGGGAGUGCAAGUGUUUUGGCUUUGCCACGCUUUGCCGCUCUGCUCCCCCCUUCGCACCGGUAGUUAUGCCACCCAAAUACUUACACCGAAGCUAUUAACAAUAUCGUUGGCAACGUGCAUAAAUAUGUGCCACUAAAUGUGGCACAUGGGAUUUUUCGAGUACUCUUCGCUCCAACUUAUGCCCCAAUCGCUGUGCCGCGGAUGCGCUCUUGAAACAGUCAACGCGCGACCACCGACUCUACCGAACCAGCUGGCAUAAUAGCCGGGAUAUCGGUAUCAGCGAAAUAAUUGGCAUUUGUAUUGACUGCUUAUUGCCAAACUUGUUUCGGCUUAAACGAAAAAAUUUGCAAAAAAAAAAUUAUUAUAAAAAAAAGAAAAUCUAAACAAUGCAAAUAAGCACUUGAGCAGUCACCGCGGCUGAUCAAUAAUUGGCAAUUUGUAUGGCAUUGUAUUUGCAUUAAUUAUUGGUGAAAAUAAUAAAAAUCGUGCUAUAAAGCGUGGAUGGAGUGCUUCUUUUACCGUUGCUAUAGCGGGUGUGCCGUGUGUGUGUGCAUGUAAUGCAGCCAGUCUCGUUGUUAAUAUCAUGAACUAAGCUAAUAAUAACAACAAAAGACACGUCAAAUACUUGAAUUUGAUUGAAUCAAGCAUAAGCGCCUAAAAGCAGGCAAUUAGAGUGGAAAUUAAAACGAGCACGCGCCACGCCAGCCAGUUUGUCGACAGUUAGUGCGCGCUUUUAAGACUCGCUGUAAUGGCUUUGUCGCUCAGUACGCGUCAAGCGGUUUCGCAAAUGCCUUCCACCGCAUGGGCAAGGCAGUCACAGCAGCAGCAGCAACGUUCGCCGAGUCAACCGCGCGCGUCCAUGCAUUUGCGUCUGCAGAAGCAGCAUUCAUUCAGCGAAGCCAAUCGCACGCAGCCAAUGGGCGCCGGCGGUGGUGGUCAUUUGUUGGCUGCGCGUAGAGCUGGCAGUGGUUGCCUGACACGUGGUCUCUCUGUGGAUCGUUCGCUGGAGAGUAUACGUCAGAAGUCAGCUGCGACGCAUGAAACGCAAAGCAAACGCAUUAAUACACGAAAAUCCGCUAAAAGUGCCGGAGUGGGAUUGAAAAGCUUCAAAAAUACAACAAUUGGCGAGGGGAAGUACGGCUAUGCGCGUGCAGGUUCCACGUCGUCGCUUUUAAAAUCGUUGGAUAAAGAGUUGAAAGAAGUUAACGGUCAGUUAGGACAACGUUACGGUCGCAAUAGCGUAUGUGUUCCGACAAAUAGUGAAGAUCCAACUGAGGCGGAAAGUCUCAGCGGCGAGUCAAAUACGCUGCUGCCACCAUCCGAGCAUCAAGGUAAAGCUGCAAAUUCCUCGCCAACACUCAAGCGGCAUAACAGUAAAGUGAAUUUGAAUAUUGUGCUUUCACAUGCCAUUAAUUACAAGUCGACAAACGGCAACGAGUCCAAUACCAGUGAUAUCGAAAGCGCUUCUGAAAUCACCGAACACAAACGAAAAACAGCAACAACGCGAACACUACGCAGCGAUUUGCCUGCUCGUACUCUUGCGCCUACAGCUGUUGCCGCUAACGCCACAACAACAACUGCCAAUGAUACUGUCCAACAGCGGCGUGCACAAUAUCGUUCUAGUCGCAAUGUCACACUAAAUACAAGCGUUAACUUAGCAGCCAGUGUGCCCACCGCACAUAACGCCACUGUUGUUAUUAAUCAGCAGGAGGACUUAGUUGCCGCGCCUUUGACCUCCAAUACAAGUGGUGGCGCAUUCAACGCUGCACCAUCGCUAAUCGUACAGCGUCGUCCGCCUUUGGUGCGUGCUAUGUCCGCGCCGGUGCGCUCGCGUUCGCUCGAUGAGAAUGCCAAAGGUGUGUUUGCGUUUCAGAAACGUAAAUUGCGUCGUCGUAAGCCAAUCACGCGCAACGCCAGUGUUUGUGAUAAAACUGAUGAUGAUGUACUCUUCGAUUUGAAUGGUGUUAAUGGUAAAAAACAGUCAAUACCGCGUACACGUUCCACAUUGGCGGUCGAUGUGAUUACACUGGUUUCGCUUGUCAGCUCUGAGGGCAGUGAUUCGGAAAAGGAAGAUAGCCCACCGGAAACUGGGCAGCGCAAUGCAGAACGUUCGCGUAGCACUGGUGCACCUACAUUGCGGAAAACGGGUAAAUCAGUUUCCUUCCAAGAGAACUAUCCACCAAACUUUCAAUUAGCUACAAAGGAAUAUUCACAUAUGAUACGUCGUGGCUCGAUUGCACCAUUAGCUGCACGCUUACGCUCCAACCGACCACCAACAGCACCGCCAGUAUCAAUUUUCAUGAAUGAAACAAAUGGCAACAAUGCAAUGACAACAAAUGCCACAGCAAACUUGGAAAGCAACGAUAGUAGGGACUCAAAUGCUAACAAUGUUGCGGAUAGCACGCAAACCACCGCGAAAGGCACAGCGGAGCUUGCAAAUAAGGACAAACAAAACGAGGAAUAUAUCUACCCGGAGUACGUGCGCACGUUGAAGGAGCGCGAGUGUUGGAAAUUAUAUCGUAAAAUGUCUGUUAAAGGUGUUAGUGUCACUUAUGAGACGGUGUUGCGUGGCAUGCUGACACCGACUGAAUUCCGACAAAUACAAAAACAACGGGAAAUUGAAGAAGCAAAAGCACGGGCUUUAGAGGAGGAGAAGGAUGCAGCACUUGAACAGCAGGCACCCACUUCAGCCGUAGAUCGUUUAACGCAGAAAUUGUUGAAAAAGUAGUUGAAAUUUUAGAAAAAAAUUCAUAUCUGAAUAUAACAAUUAAAAAGUAGUUUAUAUUGUAAUCAUAUAUAGUGCAUAUGUAUGUAUAUGUAGUGAAAUGUUGCAAAGUGUAGGAUAAAGCUUUGUUAUAUUGAGCAUUUUUUAAUAAAAUUAA